GUGAAACACAGCAGUGCUUCACAAAGUUUGAGGAAACAUGAACGCUUACACUUUUCUUUUUACUUUGUUCUUAUCUCUUAAGAGUCCAGUUUUUUCAGAGGAAGAUUUUUACCAAGUCAGAGCAUGUUGUUCAUUCAGUGGUCCAAACUUUGACAAGGUUGAAUACAUACUUACAGCCCGUUUUAACAAGCAAAAGAUGAUGGAGUACAACAGUACAAGAGGAAACUGGAUUGGAUUCACAAAUUAUUCAAUUGCGGCUGCACAUGGUUGGAGCAGAGACCCUUAUGAUAGGAUUCUAAGAUUACUGGAAAUGCAACUGAUGUGUUACGAGAACAUCCAUUAUAUGCAAGACAUCGGAUUCCUGUCAACAACGCCCACCAUGAAGAUAAAAUCAGUGAAACAGCCCGACGGUCGACAUCCAGCCAUGCUUGUGUGCAGUGCCUAUAACUUUUACCCACAGCAAAUCCAAAUAACCUGGCAGCGAAAUGACCAAGAAGUGACUGAAGGGGUAACUAACACAGAUGUCAUCCCAGAUGGAGAAUUAUUCUACCAGUUUCAUUCUUACCUUGAGUACACACCAACUUCAGGAGAAAGAAUCAGCUGCAUGGUUGAACACUUUACCCUGUCAGAGCCAAGAAUCAUUGUUUGGAAUGACUCCCUUCCUGAAGGAGAAAAAACUAAGAUUGUUGUUGGUCUGUGUGGACUGAUCCUUGGUUUGGUUAUCUUUAUCUCUGGAUUUAUUUACUACAAGAAAAAGUCUGCUAUAUAUAACUCUGUCCACCAAGGUGAGGAGUUGUAACAAUCUAGGAAAAUUUAAACUGCAUAAAAACCUCCUCUGCUUCCUUCCUCAGCCCAAAAAUAUGAUUAUGGGCAGUUAAUUGCUCUCUCUAAAUCGUCUCUAGGUAUAAGUUUGUGUUCAUGGUUGCUCAACCAGUGUGCUUUGGUGUUACUGACUGAUGAUCUGUCCAUCACAGGUACCUCUCAAUAGCUAUGGGACCCUGCAGGGAAAAGUGGGGAUUGUUUAUUUACAAUUUUCUAAAAAAGUAAGAUUCUUCACAUGUGCCUUUACUGUAAUUAUAAAGGAAUUAUGAAGGAAACUCUGUAAUCAGUACAACUCUAAACAUGCAAUAAAUCAUAGAAAUGUCUUCAUUUUGUAUUCAA